CAUGUCGUCGCAGCUACGGCCACUGCCGCACACGCAAGUCGUGUCCCAGGUAGACAUGGAGGGCAUGAAAACCGCAAGCCUGAGAGUGACAGAUGCACAUGCAGAGGACGAGGAGAGGCCCACAUUCUCUGACCUCAAGCAGUCGUCGUCGCAGAAGCAGGACGACUCGGAGGCCGAGCCCAAGUUUGUGAUGGGCGAGCCCAUCCCGCUCCCUGCGGCGCUGCUGGAGCAGUACGACUACCUCGAGUACAAGUGCUUCAUGGGCGUGUUCCCGGAGAUCAACCGGGCGUGGAUUACCCGCGACAACCACAUCUUCCUCUGGAACUACAACGACGGGGCUGGUGCAGACUUUGUCUCGUACGACGACCUCGACCAGGUCAUCAUUUCGGCCGGGCUCUGCAGGCCGAAGGCUGGCGUCUUCCGCGACGAGAUCCAGUGGCUCUUGGUCCUGGCCACUCCUGUCGACAUUGUCAUUGUAGGCAUGUCGUUCGAGCACAACUCUAUCUUUGGUGAGCUGACUCUAGUCCCGACUCCGCUCACCAUCCCGUCCGACAAUGUGAACAUCACCCACAUCCGCGGCACCGUCGACGGUCGCAUCUUCCUCACCGGCCGUGACGGCAACCUGUACGAGCUCGAGUACCAGGAGCAGGACGGCUGGUUUACCCGCAAGUGCCGCAAGCUCAACCACUCGCAGUCGCCGCUCGCGCCGUACGUCCCCUCGUUCCUCCGCCUGUGGAAGACCCUGCCCAUUGUCGACAUCACCAUCGACCACUCGCGCAACAUCCUGUACACCCUCUCGGCGGCGCUGCCUGACGAGCCGGCAAGCUCCGCCGGCGCCUCGCGCCGUUCGUCGUCGACGCCGCCGGUCAUCACCGUGUGGGACCUCGGCGAGCUCGGCAACGAGCUUGUUCGCAACCUGCACUCGGUCAUUGGCGUCGAAGAUGCCAUCGUCUCCAUCCACGCCAUUCCGGUCACCGAGUUUACCGACGUCCACCUGGUCGCCGUCACCCGCAAGGGCAUCCGAAUCUACCUCUCCACCUUUGUCUUUCGCGGCAACCGGCCGGUCCCGUCGGCGCGCCCGCAGACGCUGCAAGUCGUCCAGGUCCGGUCGGCCCCGUCAGCCCCUGUGCCUGCACCCCGCCCUGGCGCCGACAUGUACCGCGGCCAAUACUCGUCGUUUGCUUCUCACAACCAGUCUGGCUUCAACCACCACGACUACAGCGCAGGACCGUCGGCGAACCGUCAGACCGUGGUCCACACCGCGUACCACUCGCACGGUGUGUUUGUCACAGCCUCCUCAGUCGACGCCCACAAGGACCGCGUCGUGUGCGUCGGCGACGCGUGGCGUAAGCUCGCGGUGCAGUCGUACAACGGCAAGUUUGCCAACUCAGGCCAGACCUCUGCGCUGGAGUUUCAAGGUCGGACGUGGGACGUUGCCGAGGUUCCGAUGUCCAUCUUGAUCCAGCGUGACCAAAUCUCGGAGCUCGCGCCAUCGUACGCGUAUCUCACUCGUGACGCGUCCAAGUCGCUGGCGGCGACCGCGAGCUCGGGGGCGGCGACAACCAAUGCCAACGCCCGCAAGCGGCGGCAGGAGGCCGGCGCUUCGCUCUCUGUGGCUCAAAACCGCACGUCUGCAGGCAUGGCGGCGGCGGCGGCCUCGGCUGCCGUCCGCCACCCGGCCGCCAGCGGAGCCGGUGCGAGUUCAUCAGCGACGGGCGUUGGAUUGGCGGACGCCGCAGGCUCGUCGGGCUCGUCGUCGCUCAACUCGCUCUUCUGGUCGCUGUUUGGCAAGACAGCGUCGACGAGCGCGACGUACGUCCCGCUCCGGUCGCGGCCCAACGAGCUGGCGACGCAGCACAUUCUGCCGGCGCGCAAGUUUGUGCUCCUCACCAACCAGGGCCUCAACGUGGUGAUCAAGCUCCGCCCAGUCGACCUGCUCAAGAACCUGCUUGACGCCACGCGCGGCGAUCUCGACAACCCCUACGUGGUCAACUUUUCCAACCAUUACGGCGCGACCGAGAUGGUUGCCAUGUGCCUCAUUCUCGCCACUUCGAGCAUCUCGUCGGCGGCGCCGGCGUCGUCGCUUGCCCUCCGUGCUGCGGCACCGUACCUGGACAUGGGCUCGCCCACUCGCGGGCGGACGUCUCUCGCCCGCGGCUCGCUCUCGGCGAGCGCGCCCGACAGCAACAUUGUCCGCUACGCCACGUCGGCAAUCUUCAAGUUUGGCCGCACUUCGCUGGCGCCCGACACCGGGACUAGCGGGCACGAGGCCACCAGCUCGAUCCUUGGCGGCGCCGCCGCUGCCCGCACCGUCCAGUUCUCGAGCGUCCACGAUGGACUCUACCGCUACUUUUCGCGGCUGGUCAAGCCUGUCUGGGCCCUUCCGCUCACGUACCGGACGUCGACCAACUCGACGGCGCAGUCGCUUCAGCUCGAGGCCCCGCAGUACGCCGAGCUUGAGCGGCAGCUCUCGACACUGCGCGCCUUUAUCGCUGACGAGCCGCGAUUCCUCGAUGUGUCGGCAGCCGUCGAGAGUGACGAGCCAGCGUCGCUAGUCCGCUUCCAGCAGCUCCUCAACCGCACCAUCGAGGCCGCAGCCUUCCUGCAAGUCCUUCUCCGCUACAACCUGCCCGCGCUCACGGUCGCCAUUCCGUCGGAGCUCUCGAACCGGCUCCGCCAGCAGACCUUUGCCUCGCUCGUUGCAACGUCGGAGGGCAACGUCGUGGCGCGUGGCCUCGUCACCGAGCUCAUGCGCAUGGUGGCCGGCGACGAGACUACCGACGAAAUCUCGCAGGUCAUGCACCGCCGGUGCCCCUCGUUCUUCUCCUACGGCGACAUGCUCCGCUACAAGGGCUUUGAGCUGCUGUACAAGAGUGAGCAGGCCAACUCGGCGCGCGAGCGGACCGAGCUCCUCGACACCGCACUGCGGCACUUUGUCAAGGCGGCGGCAACCAUCGAGGAUCUCGACUCGGUCACCGACCGCUUUCGCUUCCUCCGGUUCUACACGGGGGUGCUCGACCUUGCGCUUGCCCGUGCCCAGGCCGUCGACCCACACGACCAGGCGCUGCAGUACGUGCUCGGCGGCGUCAACGUUCAGGUUGAGCAGGCGGUCAAAGACGCUUUUGACGCCCGCUUUGCCGCCUACAACGCCGUUCUCAACACCCUCGACGAGCUCCUCCGCCCGGCGGCUCGCGCCAACCCGACGCUCGGCCUCGCGCCGCGCCCGCCGAUCGACCCGGCCGACCUUGACCGCGCCCGCGCCCACUUUGUGCAACGGGCCGUCGCCUCGCACGACGAGCUCUUCCACAUCACGCUCUACCGCUGGUACAUCGACCAGGGCCUUGUCAACGAGCUCCUCUCGCUCAGCUCUCCGUACCUCGAGAGCUUCCUCGUCCGCUACCCGGAGCACGUCGACAUGCUGUGGAACUACUACAUCCGCAACUCCAAGUUCCGCCAGGCCGCCAUCAUCCUCGCUCGCCUUGCCGAGGCCGUCGAUCCGCCGGUUGCGCUCCAGACCCGCAUCCAGUACCUCGUCCGCGCCAUCAAGUGCGCUUCGGCCGAAGCCACGGACUUUACUGACGGUGAGUUCCUCCACGAGCUCGAGGAAAAGCUCGAGGUUGCCCAGCUCCAGUCGCAGGUCCUCGCCGAGCUCGAAGCCAAGAACGUCGGCGCCGAGGUCGGGGCGCUCGCCUCGCGCCUCCUUGACAUCUCGACGCUGUACAACGAGUACGCCGACCUGUACAACCUGCAUUGGUCCUCGCUCGCUAUCAUGCACACCGCCUCCGGCCUCGACGACUCGGAGCGGAGCCAGCGGGUCAAGGCCAUCUGGGCCGCCAUCGUUGACCAGGCGCUGCCUGCAUCCAGCACCGCCGACCGUGCCGAAGAGCUCGCCCGCCUCCUUGUCUCGGCCGGCCGCAAGUACUACCCGCAGUCGUCGGUCUUCCGCAUUGACGACCUCACCGCUCUCCUCGAGGCCCGCUCGCUCGAGGUCGGCGUUCCCAACCGCCUCUGGGUUGUCGACGCCCUCAUCGCCGUUGGCGUCCCGGUCGAGACCCUCUUUGCCAUCUACGACCACCACUUUUCCGCCCGCUCGCCGCCCUGGCAGACCCGCGACGGCGAGCUCCAUCUCGUCCACAUCCUCGUUGGCAUCUUCCACCGCGGCCUCGAUGCCACCGCACACCGCGACGACAUCGAAAAGUACAAGGCCGCCGUCGGCGCCUAUGGCGAGGACUCGAUCGAAGUCGUCCAGCUCCGUCACCAGCUCGACCAGCUGUGCUCCUCAUAAAGUGAACCUCCUCUG